GACGAACUCUUUUUCUUUCUCUCUUUUUUCCAGCGACCGAUCCUCACACCUCCGGCUCCUCCUUCCUAGCCGCACCUCCGUCCACCGGUUUCCCCAACCGCCGCCGUCUUCCACAGUUCCCAAACACCUGUCCACGAGGACAAGGCACUUAAACGCACACCAUUUCGCAAGCCCUAACCUCAAACCCUCGACUCGGACCGAAGGAUGACGACGUAGGAACGAGAACGACGGUGGAAACAAGUUUUCGCGAAUCUAAUUUAUAGGUUGAAAGAAUAUAUAUAUGCAUGCAGCAGUCAUUUGGUGGUAUAAUAAGGAGACAACAACACUUGAUCAGGUGUUUGUUAGGCGAUUACUGCAAUAAAGACACCUUUUUUUGGUAAAUAAGGGCACAAGAAUGCAAUCUGUGAUGAUUGGUGGACCCCAUUUAGAAGUUGAUGCUCUCUGUAUUUUGAGGUCAAUUUCUCCUGCCCUUGAUCCAACUAAGCAUAAAGGCCAAGCUGGCAAAAUAGCUGUUAUAGGUGGUUGUCGUGAGUACACUGGUGCCCCAUAUUUUGCUGCUAUUUCAGCUCUCAAAAUUGGUGCAGAUUUAUCACAUGUGUUUUGUACUAAAGAUGCUGCUCCAGUAAUAAAAGGGUAUAGUCCUGAGUUAAUUGUACAUCCUUUGCUAGAGGAAUCUUACAAUAUAAGGGAGGAGGAAAAAACAUCAAUCUCAAAAAAGGUUCUUGAUGAAGUUGACAAGUGGAUGGAAAGGUUUGACUGUCUUGUGAUUGGUCCAGGGCUCGGAAGAGAUCCAUUUCUUCUGGAUUGUGUAAGUGAUAUCAUGAGGCAUGCUAGGCGAAGCAAUGUUCCCAUGGUCAUUGAUGGGGAUGGGCUAUUUCUUGUGACAAACUGUGUUGACUUAGUCAAAGGGUAUCCUUUAGCUGUUUUGACUCCAAAUGUAAAUGAAUAUAAACGUCUUGUUAACAAAGUUUUAAACUGUGAAGUAAAUGAUCAAGAUGGGCCCCAACAAUUACUCUCUCUUGCCAAAAGUAUUGGUGGUGUGACUAUUCUUCGUAAAGGACAAUCUGAUUACAUUAGUGAUGGUGCAGCAGUUAGAUCAGUAAGCAUAUAUGGCUCCCCUCGACGCUGUGGUGGACAAGGUGAUAUACUCUCUGGAAGUGUUGCAGUUUAUGUAGCGUGGGCCCGGGAGCUUGUGAGUAAAGGGAAAUUUGAUGCAAACCCAACAAUGUUGGGUUGUAUUGCGGGGUCCACUUUAAUGAGGAAGGCUGCAUCAGUUGCUUUUGCAGAUAAAAAGAGAUCAACUCUCACAACUGAUAUAAUUGAAUGCUUAGGAAGAAGUUUGGAGGCUAUAUGUCCAGUUGGUUAAAGCAUCUUACAUCAAUCUCAUGUUUGACUUUUGUCUACUUUGGGGUUUGACUUUAUUGUUAGGGUUUUUGAGUUUGGAAGAUGUGGUUUGUUUUAAGGUUGGAGUAAAUCGAUAAAAUAAUAAAGUAUGUUUGGGUUUUUGUUGUCUUGUAGAUGUGUGCAAUAAUAGUUAAAUCUUGCUAUUGUAUUUAUGUUUUUUAGUUGAUCACACUAUGGCGACAAAAAUCAUAUUUA